AUGGUAUUAAUACGAUCAGCCGGUUUAAUGCGUAAUAUAUUCAAAGUCAAAAUGGAUACAAAAAAAAUGAGAAAAAAAUCGAAGAAAAAACGAUUAUCAUCUAACGUAUCGUUAAUUAAUUGUUAUAAUAGAAAACAUGUUGUUGAUAAACGAUUGUAUAUGUCUCUAUCAUCAUUAUUAAAAAAUCAAACACUCAACACUUAUUUACAUUCGAAAGUUCAACAAGAAACAUAUUAUUUGACAUCUAUUAAUCAAUCUUUUACAAUUAAAUAUCAAUAUUUAUUUUCAUCUAACUAUGUGAAAAAUAAUACAAUUGAUUUAAUAAAUAGAAACUUCUUACAUAAAACAAAUAUUUUAAAUUUACGAUGUGAACAAUUAAACGAUCAAAUACAAGAAUAUAUUGACAAAAUGAUGAAACAAACAUUAGAUAAAAUUAUCAACAUUUAUUACAAAUAUAUUCUUGAUUAUGAAAAGAAUUACAGUAUGAAAGUAAAUUUAAUUCGUGAUCAAUAUCAUAUGGAAAUAACAAAAAUUCAUCAGAUAUUUGAACCAGAAAUUCAAGAAUUGAAUGUUCAAUUAUUUAUAUUAAUAAAAGAAAUUGAAAGUGAUCAUCAUAAACAAAUCGAAAAAUUCAAUAAACAACGAAUGACUAAUGAUCAUUUAAAGAACAAACAAGUUUAUAAUUAUCAUCAAAUUGUCUUAAAGAAAAUAAACUAUAUUAAUGAAACAAUGAGACAAUUAGAUCAAAUUCAAAAGAAACAUCAAGAAAAUCAAGUUAAAACAUUAUCAGCUCUUAAAUGUAUUCAAAAGUUUAACAAUGGUCUUAGAAAUUCUCGCUUUCAAGUUCAUAAACGAUUAUUACGUCAAACAACAAGAACAAAAGAUGAAUUAAAACGUAAACUGGAUAAAUUACAGAGAAUUAUUACUCUUACUCGUUUAUGUAAAGAAUUAGAAUCAAUAUCAGAGUCAUUUAUGGGUAUUCCGAAAUGUAUAAUGGGGGAGUGGAACCGAGAUCCUACAUCAAUUAUUCAUCGUUCCCGAUUCCUGUGUAAUGAAUCACCAUUACAUAGUUCAUUAUUCAUUCGAAAUACAGAAUGGUGUAAAAAUAAGAUUUCGGAAUAUGUUUAUGUUGAUUCUGAUCAAUUAUGGACAGAAAAAUUUACGCAAUAUCUCAACAGGAAAUCAGUAAACGUGAAGUUUGAUUAUUUUGUUGAACGUGAAAAAUCCAUUCGAUUACAUCAUGAACAAGUUGAAUUACAGGAAAUAUUAAGACGACAAUUAAAAUAUCGUCUACAUGGGGUUAAAAAGAUAAAAUAUAAAAAGUUUUAA